AUGCCUCCAAUCACAGGUCCUAACAUACUGGUCAUUGGCGGCUCGUCCGGGAUUGGAGCAGCGAUAGCUAAGCUGGCCGCCGCCGAGGCGGACGUUCACGUCUCGAUUACCUCGUCCAAUCUCGCCCGUGUGGAAAAGACUGUCCAAAGGAUCACAACGGCCGUGCCAGAUGCCCAGAUCAAGGGCUAUACAGUUGAUGUCGGUGGGGAUGACAUCGAGUCUCGCCUAGAGAAACUAUUAGAGGAGGUGACGGCAACAACGGGCCGUCCCCUCGACCACUUCGUCUAUACCGCCGUCAAACUCGAGUUUAGAUUUCUCCACGACGUGACCGUUGACUUUCUGCGCGGUGAUGCGCAAUUCUUGGUCUUCGUGCCGCUUCUUAUCGCCAAAAUUGCCCCGCCCUUCAUGACCAAAAGCUACCGAUCGUCCAUCACGUUCACCAGUGGUCGCAUUGCAGAGAAACCCAUGAAAGGAGCGGCGGUGCUGGCGAGCUGGGGCGCAGCCUUGUUUGAUAUUACGCGCACCCUUGCGCUCGACUUGGCCCCCAGUCGGGUCAAUCUUGUUAGUCCCGGAACGACAGAUACGGAGCUCCAAGGCCCCGAGGAGCAGCGCGAAAAGAAGAUGGCGGCCGCUGCGGAGAGGGCACUCUUGGGCAAAGUGGGAACACCCGAGGUGGCCGAGGCGUAUAUUUACCUGAUAAAGGACUGGAAUAACACGGGCACUCAUGUAAGCACCAGCGGGGGGAUUUGGUCCAGUAGAGUAGGUCAUUAG